GUGUAGAAUCAUCCAAAAUCAAUCCUAUCCGACUAAAAUCAAUCCUAUCCAACUAAUAUCAUCCCUAACAUUAAUCUCGUCUGCCGAUCCGCCCCUCUAGUCAGAUUUUCACAUCCCAAGUUCAGCUCUGCAACUCCUCGCUCCGCUUCAAUCAUGGCGACACCACUUCCGACGGCACCUCUAGACUUACGCGGAGUCCUCUCCGAAUCAAAGCGGAUUAUCAACGCCCAUUCUCGCCACUUCCUAGCCCUUUCCGUCCUCUUCCUCCUCCCCGUCUCCUUCACCGUCACAGUCUUCUCCACCCUCCACCAAACCCUCUCUUACCCCGACCAAAUCCUCCUCCAAUCCUCUCCUCGCGAAUACCUUCCCACUCGCAAGAUCCUCCAGAUCGCAAUCGUCUACCUCCUCUUUGCCCUCUUCUCUCUCUGCGCCCUCGCCUCCAUCACCUUCAGCGUAUUCCACGGCUUCUACGGCCGUCCCGUGAAACUUGCCUCCGCCGUCAAGUCUCUCUCCAAGUCUUUCAUACCUCUCUUUGUCACCUCCGUGUUUGCGAACCUUGCCGUUUUGGGGAUCGGUUUUGUUAUUGGGCUACUCGCGUUUUUGGUUUUGGGAGGGAUUCGAUUUCUGGGUUUUCAAAUUUCUUACGAUUCUCCUUACUUUAUCGGUCUUUGUGUGAUAUGUUCGAUGGUUCUACUUCUGGCGGCGGUGUAUUUGCAGGUGAAUUGGGCUUUGGCUGGUGUGGUUGUGGUGGUGGAAUCGAGCUGGGGGAUUGACUCACUGAGGCGGAGCACGAAUUUGGUGAAAGGGAUGAGAGGGUUAUCGCUAUCUUUGGUUGUGUUUUUCGGGUUUUUUAUUGGGAUUUUGGUGUGGAUCAGCUCGAGUUCUUCAUUCGGUUUGGACGGAACUAGUAAUGGCUGGAGGAGUUUGGCAUUUGUCGUGCAAAUUGUGGUGACUUCAGCUCUCAUAUCAUUGCUGAUGCUGCACAAUUUAGCUGCCAAUACUGUGUUCUAUAUGUGUUGUAAGGCUAUGCAGGGUGAGCUGGCGCUAGAGAUUGCGGAGGAGUUUGCUCGGGAGUACAUCAGCUUGCCUUUUGAUGAUGAGAAGAUCCCUCAUCUUGUUUCUAUCAUCCAAGCUUGACGAUGGCCAUUAGAGCUUUCGGUGGAAAUGAUGGAAAGGGCAAGCUCAAAUUUCCUCUUGAUAAAACUGGAGUAACAAGAGUCCGUACAAACUUCUUUGACAUGACUACUUUUAUGGGUGCAGUGAAACAAGGAUUGCCAAUGUAACCAGAUACAGUGUAGAAAUGCCGAUAUGUAUUAUAACGCCUCAUCAUUCUUGUGACUGCAAAUAUGAAACCUCAAGACCAUGGCUUGGAGAAGGUGGACAAUAAUCUUGCAUGGAUGAAGGAUGGGAUCAAGGCUGCAAAAGAUUUUUCUGAAAGCAUCAUCUGGAUGUCAUUGCAUGGAAAUGUUUAUAUGUAAAUAUCAAGAUUUGGAAGCUAGUCUUGUCUAAAGUUUGAAUUGUGCAGAUGUAGGGGUCAGUUUUACAAUUCAUAAUUUAAUAACUCAAAUUUAACCUAUUGUAGUUUGCAGAAUUGGUUUAGAACUCUCUUUCUUUUACAUGGUCAAAAUAGAUUUAGAAUUGAAUUUUAA